AUGCUCGCAGAGUCCAACGGCAAUCCGUACGCCGGAGAUACUCCCAAGCUCCGAACUGCGUGUGAAAACUGCAGGCAGUCCAAGGUGAAAUGCAACCUUUCGGGCAAAAGUGUCUGUACGCGGUGCCUGCGCCACGGUCUACAGUGUCAAUACGGAUACGCCAAUCGGUCCGGGAAACCAAAGGGAAGCAAGAACCGGGCUACGCUGCGCAAGUUAGGGCAACUGCAAGAAGAAAAGCCCGCCAUGCGUGGCUUUCGCAAUAGUCGCCUGGUUGCCCCUGUGGCCGAUAUGGACUCGCUGGGGAAUAACUACGGUCAUAUUCCCGACCCGGCACUGGACGAAGAUGUCUGUUUGAUUUCAAACCAAGCCGGCUUCUGGGAAAGUCCUCGGAGCUUUGUCAAUACCGCGACUCUAGAAUCCUCCGUCUGCCCAGGCCAAUUGUCCGCAGUGGAAAGCUCAUCGUUCACUGAUCUCGUUGAUCCAUGCUCUUCUCUUCCCUCUGGUAUAGCGUAUCCACAUACACCAGUGACACCGACUUUCCUAUCCGGGGAAACACUACCAGAGGGACUAGCCAGUCCAUCACUAGCAGGCUCAGUGGCAUCACCGUAUCCACUGUCGCCAUGCGAGUGCAUAGACAUGCAGCUGUUUCACAUGAACCGACUAAACCAUUUGCUCGGAGAUUCUCUACCGCUGCGCCUCGAUCACAGCCUGCAGUCAAUCAAAUGCACGUUCCUGGCCUGCCAGAUGUUCCUACAAUGUAACAAGUGCGCAAAGGAUACCCCCAAUCUCCUCCUGACCAUCUCAGUCCUCAAUCUCACUCUCCAACUAUUCGAGUACUGGGUCUCGAGAGAAACCAAUCGCGCUGCACGGCCAGAGCACGGCGUAGACAUCCGCUACGGAUACUACGAGGUCUGCCACGAGGAAAACAGACAAAUCCGCAACUUCCUCAUCAGAGGUCUGCUGCUGCAGUGCAGGGAAGUCCUACUCGCCCUCAAGAAUAUUGCUAGUAUUGCAGAUGCCCAGAUUCCCAAGCUGGGUGACGAAGUGCCGGACUCUAAGGCUCCUGAGGACCAUGCACAGCAUUGGAUGCAAUCAGAUCAUAUUGGCUUGCUGCCGAGGCUGGAUGGGGAGCUUUCGAAUGGGAUACCCCGGAGCGAGGGACUUCUUUCCAUUAUCGCGGGCUAUGAGGCUACUGUCACGGCAUUCCUGCAGUCUACUUCUUGGGGAGAGUGUAUUUGCGGAUCACGGGGGAUGCAUGAUGAAUCUAUUUGA